AUGAAGGAGGCGAAGCCCGAGCGGGAGCGGAGGCAGCGGCGGCGGCGCCGGCGGCGGCGGGAGGACGAGGACGAGCCGGGGGAAGCGGCGGGGAACGAGGUGCUGGUGCCAGAUCUGUCGCUGGUGAAGCAGGAGCGGCGCAGCCCGACCCCCGCGUCCCGCUCUCACCGGCCCCGGUCGCGGGCCCGGCGCGGCUCCUCGGGAAGUCCGAGCCCGGCGCCGGAGGAGGAGGCGCCGCUGCCGACCCCGGCCUCGGCCCCGCGAGCCCGCGGCGCUCGUGCCUCCGGCGACCGCGCCGGCAGCUGCAGCAGAUCUCCAACCAAAAGGAAAAACAAGUCCUUUGGGAGAAGAAGCAGAUCUCCUCGGAGUAAGAGAAGCCGUAGCCCUCACCAUCCCGUAGUCAAGGUGAAGCAGGAACGUGAAAGUGAAAACCGUCCCCGGAGAGGAAGAGAUGAAAGGCAACACAGGGAGCAAUCCGAACAAGAACACAGGCGGGAGAGAAAUGGUGAUCGGGACAGACACCAUAGUCAUUCUAACCAGAGGAAGACUGCCAGUGAGAGGCCUAGUGGUGGGCGAAAUCGAGAUGCCCAGAACCUACAGGAACAAGAAGCAGAAAGAGAGUUUUAUAAUUCUCGGCGACGGGAGCGUCGCCAGAAGAAAGAUGCAGGUGGCAGCAGUGAUGAGAAUCAGGAAAUUGUUCUUCAGUCUGCCGGUGGCCACAGUAAAGGAAAAGACCCACCAAAUAAAGAGAAACCCAGCUUUGAACUGUCAGGGGCACUCCUUGAGGAUACCAACAUGUUCCGGGGUGUGGUAAUAAAGUAUAGUGAGCCUCCAGAAGCACGGAUCCCAAAGAAACGCUGGCGCCUUUACCCCUUUAAGAAUGAUGAGGUGCUCCCUGUCAUGUAUAUCCACAGACAAAGCGCUUAUCUUCUGGGCCGACACCGGCGAAUUGCAGAUAUUCCUAUUGACCAUCCCUCCUGUUCAAAGCAGCACGCAGUAUUUCAGUAUCGGCUUGUAGAAUACACCCGUGCUGAUGGAACAGUUGGCCGAAGGGUAAGGCCGUAUAUCAUCGACCUUGGCUCAGGCAAUGGGACCUUCUUGAACAACCAGCGCAUUGAGCCACAGCGUUACUAUGAACUAAAGGAGAAGGAUGUGCUCAAAUUUGGGUUCAGUAGCAGGGAAUACGUACUGCUUCAUGAGUCUUCAGACACCUCUGAGGUGGAUAGAAAAGAAGAUGAGGAUGAGGAGGAGGAGGAAAUAUCUGACAGCUAGCAAAUUCAGAAGAAGCUCCUGUAGCUGUUAAGAGAAUUUUUCCUUUGUGGAAGGCCUGAACUUGGGAUUUAAAGAGCAGAGCAGCACUCCCUGGUGCCUCUUAUUGCCUUAAGUCUUUCCUCUGUUGCUGAUCAGCUUAUGUUAAAAUUUAAGAAAUUUGAUAAUUUGUGUUUUUGGUUGAACUUAUUUCUGUGAUCUGUUAGCCACACAAGUGUGGACAUUUGCUUUCAGAAUAAUUUCACCAAUAACAGUCGUCCAUUGUGUGUAGUAGAAGCAUGAUGGCGUGGCAUGAGUUGGUGCUCUGGAAACUAUUGCCUGGUAACUGUAGACCCUUGGUUAAAAAGAGAAACAUGGCAUGUUCUCUUUGUACAGCUAUUUGCUUUGUACAGUGACUUUUUAAGAAAUAUGGACCAGCAGUUUUUCAUGUUUUAUUUUUUGUAAAUACCUAGACAGAGAAUUUGGCCCAAGUUUUGGUUGUCAGCAGAACAGACCCUCCCAUUGUAUACUCUGAAGCUUCAAUCCAGUUAACACUGAAUCAUAGAAAUCUGUUUCAUUAUUUAGGUCUUUGGGGAUGAGAAUUUCACGACACAUAUGACUUUACUGACUGCUUAUAUGCAGACAAAUGUUGGGUGCUGAUGAAAUACAUGACAGAGCAGUAAAAUCAUGGCUAUUUUGAGGAAGAGAUUAAAAUGGUCCAUGGAUCUAUUUCUUACAUAAGAGGAUACUGUAUUUCCCAAGUAGCUUGGGUCUGUCAUUAAUUUGGGUUUUCUUGUCUGUUUAACUGCUUUGCAUUUAUUAUAAUACCACUUUUUUCUCCUAAUUCAUAGCAUCACUUGUGUGGAAGGAUUGCCUCAGAUGUUGGGAGCAGUCUGUUCAUUUUAACUAGAUUUGUGUGUGCUGGAAAUUUUUUUUCUGCUUGUAUUUUUUAAUAUCCUGAAAGGCCAUGUCUGUCAUCUUUUCCCCACCACAAGCAGGGAGGAGCUGAGGCAAGGGAAAUACCUAUUUACUAAUCUUCCCCAAGUCAAAUAUGUGUGCGUCGAAUUUUGUCUGUGUACAUAUGAUGUAUAUAUAAAUUGGAUGUGAGUAUGUGGGGGUGGUGGCUGGAGGUGUAUACUACAUGCAUCUGAGUGGGUUUUUUUUGUAAUGUAAAUGGAAUACUACAUUAUGAGUAAAGGCAUAGCUCACCCUGUUAUUUGAAUAGCAGGAUCUCAUUUAUAUGUAGUUUGGGAUCACACAAUAAAAGAAUUUGUAAAUGUAGCCCUACUCAGCCCCAAAGUGUAAUACUUUUCUAGUAUAAAAGUUUUUGAUAUUUUUUGUUUUUUAAAAAGGUUUAAGUUUUUAAAUUUUUUUUUGAAGUAGAAAUGAAUGAUAAUUGAGAGGGGAAAGAGGUGGGAACACAACUGACAAUCUGAACUAAAUUCCAGAUCACUAAUCCAUAUAAAUGAGUGUUGAGCAUUUUGAAGCAUCAGUGCUUUCUAAAUUGGGAGCGAAAUGUUUAUCCUUACCAGUGAGUGUAAAGAAGCUUUUGUGUAUGCUAUGUAUAUUUGGCUCUGUAUAAACCAAGGCCUGAUUAUUCAGUUGAUGGAUUAUCUGUGCCCUUCCUCUCUUCACCUCCCAUAGGGCCUUGCUAUUUCAAUCUACGCAAACACCGCUACCAGAAUGUUGGCUAGGGAAAGAAAAAGAAAAAUGGAAAGUCAAUCAAUUUUGCUAUUAAUUAGUUCUUAGGUUGAAAUGUAUGAAACUUUGAGAUAAUCUCUGCAUGUGGUUAUUUAUCCCUGCUUUUCUCCCAAUGUAUCUUGUUAUGGAUGAUGUUCAGACAGCUGACCAAUGCUGACCACUGGUAUGUGGUGACACGGAGUGGGGUUUAAUGUUCGUUGUUCAGCUUGGGCGACAAAAAGCCUUGGAAAACACCUGAGAUUUUGUGGAAAUUUAGUAAGUUUAAAAUUUAAAGAGGCAAAAACUUAGCAAUUUGCAGUUUGUUCCCCUAGGUCUUUGUCUCUAGUGACUUUCCCAGCUACUACAUGCUUAGUGUCCACUAUCCAAUGUACGUAUGUAUGUAUAGAACCUGAUUUUAUGUUUUUAAAUUUUCUUUGAAAC